ACUAUAUUAAACGGUGUACUUACUCUUUAAUAUUAUGUUUGAGAAGGAAAGAGUGGGAGUUGAAGCACUUCAACGUAUUUGCACAGACACUUCUUUCUAGAAAGAGAGCAAUGGUGUUCAAGACAUACCAUUGGACCUAGAGGUCCUUCUGCCAGAUGUCUACAUGUAAGCUGGCUGCAGUUACUCACUAGUGAUGGAAAGGCAGUCUGCACAUGCUCAGAAGCACACCAUACUAUUAUCUCUCAUGUUCUGUGACUGAUAAUUUAUUUACAUAUUCAGUAAAAGAAUGUGUUCUUGAGACUUAUUUCAUAUUGUAAGUGGUGGUAAGGGAAUUGCAUGGUUGAAUGCCUCCUUCAUGUAAACAAAACCCUCUCUGUGUACAGAAAACUAGCAUGUUAGGGAGAAAACUAGGCUUACAACCUGCUAUUGUGUUCAUUUUCUAAGAGCAGAAAUAUUUUUAUAUAGGGUAACUUUCAGACAUAUGAUUCCCCUGUCAGAGUCUGAAAUCUACAACCCAAAUAACUCCAUACCAUGGAUUUUAUCUCAGUGUAUACCACCCAUGUGUCUCUGAGGUAGAAAACCUGGCUAGACUGUACCACUUUAAACUGCCGGGGAGGCCUUAUAUGACUGAAUUUUCCGCCAUACAAAAUAGAAUUCCCUUUUCAUAGAAAAGUAGCCUUUCGGGGAGAAGACAAAACUAGAACCCUUCUCCCUGAUAUCUAGUUUUCUGAGUGGAGGUAUAUUUUUGAUGUAUGGAGCUAAAAGGUGGGAUAAAAGUGUUUAAAUAAAGAAAUAAUUCGGAUUGGGGUAUAUUUAUGAACAAAUAUGAAUAGGAUAUGAAUUGCAUGUGGACCCCUGCCUGAAGUAAUACGGCCCAGACAGAGGUUUACCCCUUUGGUGAGAACUGGGCCUGAGUUCAGUGGCGGGUCCUGGUAUUUAAAACUAAGCAUCAGGGCUGAGUCCUGGAUUCAUGCCAAAGCCAGUGUGCCGUUGUGGUUGGAGUGUUGGACUAGACCAGGGAGACCUGAGCUAAAAUCCCCAUUCAGCCAUGAAACUUACUGAAUGACUCUGGGCCAGUCACUUCUCUCUCAGCCUAACCCACCUCACAGGGUUGUUGUGAGGAGAAACAUAACCACAUACACAGCUCUGGACACUUUGAAGGAAGAGCAGGAUAUACAGGGCCCCAAGCUGGGAUUGCACCAGCAUCUCUCCCCACAACCCAGUGUCCCUUUAUAAAGUCGGAGCUUCAGAGUGGCCAGGGUUCUUUUGUGCAAAAGGCAAAACCGGAGGUCCAGGAGGAUGUCCCACCUUUCAAGUCAGGCGUGCUGAGCUCCUUUUUCAGAGAGGUGGAAUCCAGUCUCAAGAGGAAGCUGCGUGGCCCUCACAUGACACACCUAAUCCUGAACAACAUGCCAAGGAGCUCUGCAUUUGGUUACGACGAGUUCUUUGCAGCAAAGAUCCAGGAGAAGAAGCAGGAUCACACUUACCGGGUCUUCAAGACAGUGAACCGUCGGGCUGAUGCGUACCCCUUUGCCGAGGACUAUUCUUGCUCUCAGUCUGAAUCGCGGAAGGUGUCUGUCUGGUGCAGCAACGACUACUUGGGGAUGAGCCGCCACCCGCGAGUGCUGGAGGCCAUCCAGAAUACUCUGGAGGCUUAUGGAGCAGGAGCUGGAGGCACCAGGAACAUUUCUGGCACUAGCAAGUUCCACGUGGAUCUGGAGCAGGAACUGGCCAGCCUGCACAACAAAGAUGCUGCUCUGCUUUUCUCCUCUUGUUAUGUGGCCAAUGAUUCCACCCUCUUCACUCUGGCCCGUAUGCUGCCAGGCUGUGAGAUCUUUUCAGAUGCUGGGAAUCAUGCCUCCAUGAUACAGGGUAUCCGAAACAGUGGAGUUCCUAAGCAUGUCUUCCGGCACAAUGACCCCCAACACCUGGAGGAGCUGCUGAGCAAGGCUGAACUCAGCACCCCAAAGAUUGUCGCCUUUGAGACUGUGCAUUCCAUGGAUGGUGCCAUCUGCCCACUGGAGGAAAUGUGUGAUGUUGCACACCGCUACGGAGCCAUCACCUUUGUGGAUGAGGUCCAUGCUGUGGGACUCUAUGGGGCCCACGGUGCUGGUGUUGGGGAACGUGACGGAGUGAUGGGCAAGAUAGACAUUGUCUCUGGCACCCUGGGGAAGGCAUUUGGCUGUGUGGGUGGCUAUGUGGCCAGCACCGCCUCCCUUAUUGACACAGUGCGCUCCUACGCAGCUGGAUUCAUCUUCACCACCUCCCUGCCCCCCAUGAUGCUGGCUGGAGCCCUCGAAUCCGUCCGGAUCCUAAAGAGCCCUGAGGGGCAGGUGCUGCGCCGUGCACACCAGCGUAAUGUCAAGCACAUGCGCCAGCUCCUCAUGGAUGCAGGGCUGCCAGUGAUCAGCUGUCCAAGCCACAUCAUUCCCAUACGGGUUGGAGAUGCAGCCCUGAACACCCGCCUCUGUGACCUGCUUCUGUCUGAAUACAAUAUCUAUGUCCAAGCCAUCAAUUACCCCACCGUGCCUCGGGGAGAGGAGCUGCUGCGAUUGGCCCCCUCGCCCCACCACACCCCAGACAUGAUGGACUACUUUGUGGAGAAGCUCCUGGCAGCCUGGCACGAGGUGGGCCUGCCUCUGCAGACGGCAGCAUCCCCCGAGUGCAACUUCUGUCACCGCCCGCUGCAUUUUGCCCUCAUGAGUGAGUGGGAGCGAGAUUACUUUGGCAACAUGGGCCCCCGCUACAUCACGCUUUCUGCCUGAGGAGGGCUUCGUGCCCAGGAUAAGACAUCCGCAACCGGAGCAGAAGAGAGAAGCAUGCAAAAUAUGAACACUGUGGAAGACUGAACACAAUAAAGCUCUGCAACGAUA